CAAAGAGUGAGAAAGAGUGAAAUAAGGGCGGAUGUUUUCACACAGCCUGGUUUGGAGGGGGCAAUAAAGAGAAAGAGAGCAUCCCUGAUUCCCGUCAAACAAACAAGCAGGGAGGGAGGGAAUGACGAAGGAACCGGUCACAUUUCUCUCAGGCACCUGAAAACGUGCGGCUUAUUUUAAGACGCGUGUUGCUUAUUGAUGAGAGGGGGCGUGGUUAAUCCACUUCCACUCUGAUGCUGCGUUAAUGGUGGUGACUGUACAUGACAGGGAGGGGAGCAAUCUAGAACACAGACCUCAGACAUUCACAUCCUGCCACAGAUACAGACGGACCAUCAGCUGAUCAACAACCAUACUUCUUAAAUGAGAUAUUUACAUAUUUAUUAUAUAUUUUUCAGAGAAAUAUUUCUUGUUGAUAUUUCAUCGCUUCGCUGAGUUUCUCUGCGCACAGCUCCAUAAUAGUACACAGUGUACAUAUGCUUGUGCAGCUCCUCAGCCUCUCACUAGUGUUCACCAAACUCCUGAGUAAGAAGCAGCGGAAAGAGAUCCAGCUUUAAAAAGUCAACAAUUAUUCCACUUGGAAGAGAAACCAUGGAAAACAGCCCCGGUGGUGGUGUCAUCCUGUACGCCGGCUCAUCUGGUAGUUCCAGUCCGAGUCCCGGAAGCCCAUCCAGCGGAUACCAGACCCAGUCGCCGUCCUCGCACUCGCAGCCCUCAUCCCCGGAGGAUGUCUCCUUCCACGAGAUCGGGAUGCUGAAGCAGAGAGGGGACCAUGGGGGAGGAAAUGUUUCUCCUAAAAUGGUGUUCCAGUUCCCGGAAGUGAAUAAUGCACAUGUUGCUCAUAUUACCACGGCACCAUCAGCUACCUACAAUCACCCCACAGCUGCUAAAAGGUCCUGCAGUUUCACUGGAACAUUCACCAAGACUGGAGGCAUGGUGCUUUUAUGUAAGGUUUGUGGAGACAUCGCAUCUGGCUUCCACUACGGCGUCCACGCCUGUGAGGGCUGCAAGGGUUUCUUCAGACGCAGCAUUCAGCAGAACAUCCACUACAAGAUGUGCGUGAAGAAUGAAAACUGUCUUAUCAUGCGUAUGAACCGUAACCGGUGCCAGCACUGCCGCUUCAAGAAGUGUCUCUCUGUGGGCAUGUCCAGAGAUGCUGUGCGUUUUGGGCGUAUUCCCAAGAGGGAGAAACAGAGACUAAUGGAUGAGAUGCAGAGCUAUAUGAACAGUAUGAAUGGACCUGCUUCCAUGGAGAUGGAGGUUCUGCCUCCUUCUGAUGGCCCCUGCAGUCCGCACAGCCAGACAAACGCAGGACACGGUUCCCUAUCGCAGUCUUACCCCAGCGAAGAGAAGCCGCUCAAGAUAGCUGCAGGCGGCAGCAACAUGGCGACUCCAUCUUUCCAGAGUGCUGGGGGGCAGAACGUUGGCCUGUCAACUCAGAGCCAGAAUGCGGCACAGCACAGGGGUCACGUGGAGCAGCAAAACGCAGCAGCAAGCUAUCAUCUCGCUGCUAACUUCCAUGCUGCGCCCUGCAUCAGUGCGAGCUCCACAAGUACAAAUGUCAGCAAUGCCAACUACUCCUUCUCCAAUCAAAACCAGUGUCCGGUUAGUGGGAACGUCCAGUCCCAGACCUUCAUAGCCGGUCACGGUGUCAUGCCAGACAGAGAUAACCAGAACCAAACAUCCUGCCCCUGGAAGCUGAAUGGAGGCGCCAAAGUGCUUGCGUGUCCUCUCAAUUCGUGUCCCGUGGCUCCGGCCAGUCGCUCCAGUCAGGAGGUGUGGGAGUCGUUCUCUCAGUGCUUCACCCCCGCUGUUAAAGAAGUGGUGGAGUUUGCAAAGAGCAUACCGGGCUUCCAAACUCUGAGCCAGCACGAUCAGGUCAUGCUGCUCAAAUCUGGCACUUUCCAGGUUCUUAUGGUGAGGUUCUGCUCGUUGUUUGAACCCAAAGAGAGGACGGUGACAUUCCUUAACAGACAAACCUACUCACUGGCAUCACUGAGGGCUCUGGGAAUGGGCUCCCUGUUGGACUCCAUGUUUGACUUCAGUGAAAAGCUGGGGUCUUUGGGUCUGGAACAAGACGAGAUGGCUCUUUUCAUGGCGGUUGUUCUGGUGUCUGCUGACCGCUCCGGCAUCAUAGAGGUGGGAGCAGUGGAGCAGCUGCAGGAGAAUCUGAUUAAAGCUCUGCGUUCCCUCAUCACUAGUCGCCGGCCGGACGACAGCACACUCUUCCCAAAGCUGCUGCUCCGCCUGCCGGACCUACGCACACUGAACAAUCAGCACUCCGAUAAGCUAUUAGCUUUCCGCAUAGACCCUUAAGUUAACAUUUCACGGCGGAGUCAUGAGGCAUCCAUUUUUUGGGGUCCUCUCUGUGUGAGGACCAGGUUGCUAGAUUAAGCACUGGCCUCUGCAGGACAGACAGCUGUUUCAGGAGCGGUGCCAAGUUUAAAAAGGCGAGGAUUUGAACUGGAAAAACACCAGAGGAGAACCUCAGCGCAGCAGGAGGUGGAUGCUUCUCAACUAUAGGGCUUCCAGCUGGACUGCCCAGAAGAAACAGACUGUACUCUUCCAUUAGUUUCUUCAAGUCAGUGUCAAACAGUCACCUUUCACUCACUCGGCCUCUAGAGUUUAUCAGAGAAAAACUUUUUGUACUGAAGACCAAAAAACAACAAAAAAGGACAGAGCUUGUCUUUUUCUCAUCACUCUAUGUUCUCCUUUUCCAGCUCAUGAAGCUAACAGGAAGGAAGCGCACACUGUUUUAGAGAUAAAAAGAAGCAUUUGCCAAUAGACUUCCUUUUAUCUUCUUCCCACGUAUGACAAACAAAUCUGACUAUAAAGUUUGUCAUAGGAAAAGACCAUCCCUAACAUCCAGUUAGGAGGGCUGCUUGUGUUUGCCCGGUCUAAAUGAAAUAAGCUAUUUUCACAACAUGAUAUCAUGUGGAAAAUCUUUACUCAAAUCAUCCAUUUGUGGUUGAGAUAUGUUGAUAUUUUUAAGGAAUGAGUUGUAUUUAUACACGCUAUGAAUAUUGGUCAUUUUAGACCAAGUUUAAAUGGAUUUAUGUAUAUGUAAAGGUGUUCUGUUGUAUAUUUUGUACAGAACUUGUUGUAGUUGCUUAUUAAAUAGAUGCAGAUAGAUGUAUAUGUUAAAUAGAAUUAUUGAAAGUCGCCAGAGGAUUUCCACCAUGUGCGUGGAGGAUAUGGUUUUUAUCUGGAGAUAUGCACCUGAAAUAAAUGUACCGUCAACUGAGCUUAUGUAUAUUUUGUAAAUCUCUAUAGCCUCAAUAUAGAGAGCCACUAUUAAAAGAUAUUCUAU